AUGACGGAACGCGGGAAAGGUAGCGCCAUGGACGCGCACAUGGGGCCGUUGCGGCUGCCAAAAGGACAUGGCACCUUGACGGCCGCUGACAGAGAUGAAAUCUGGAAGUGGUACAAAGUCUCCGCCAGUGUGCGGUACCGGCAGCAGUGGGGCAAAAGAUGUUUGUCGCUCUCUGGGCAGGCAGCAAAUUUGAACGCAGCUCGCGACUAUGCCCUGCAGAAGAUCGAGGACAAUGGGGAUGGUGGCCGGGUGGAGCCAGUCACAACGCAGCAGAUGCAGCAAGUGACCACCCAGCUGGGGCAGCUGGACCACGCUGUGAAGAACCACGCUGGCACGCUGCAGUAUUUGGAGCAAAUGUGCAGCCAAGCUGGGCAAGCAGCGUCUGCAGCCAAUGCAGCAGCUCUGGCGACCCAACAGUCUUGCCAGCGGGCUGUUGCAGAAGCAGCAAUGACCGCUCACCGCCUGGCAAAGUCUGAAAACAUGGAGGGCCAGGUGGAAAAGCUUGUGCGCAAGUACCUACAAGAGCAUGGCAGCCAUCGGAGGAGGAAGCACAAAAGGAAGAAAACGCGAAGAAAAAGCCCGUCUGACCACAAGGAGGAGUCGGCUCAAGAGAGUGAUGAUGCUGCUGCUGCGCAGGAAGCCUCUACACCUGGAAAGAAGCAGCUGAAAGAAGAGAUGCCAACAACCAGCCCUUCAGAAUGUGGUGAAGAAGGGCGAGGGGUGGCAUCAGUGAUGGAGAAGAAGGAGGAAGAGGAUUCUAGCCCAUCCAGCCCAUCCACGCUCAAGGUGCACAGGAUGUCAAAGGACGAUGAGCGGCCCUUGGAUGAGCCAGAGACGCCCUGGCUAGACCAUGGUGCAGGGGAGGCCCUCAGAGAGAAGAUAGAAAAGAUGAAGGCGGAGGCCCAACCGUCCACCUCGAGAACGGAGACAG